CCCGUUGGCCCCUUUUCGGGUGCAGUGCGUGUGCAAUUCCUCUGCGAUCCUUUCUAGUAUAAGUUGCUCUUUCGCCGUUGUACAUGUUCUUUCAUUCCGACUCCUCAACCAUCUGUUUUAUAUUGCAUUUCUAGCUGGUCUAAUACUUUCUUUUCUAAUUCUAUACAAUCAUUCUCUUGUGCUGCGCACUUUACAACGCCCUUUUACUUUUCCCCUAGACCACCACAAUGCCGUCCUUCAGAACAAUUUUCGCUAUUGCGCCCGCUGUUUUCAGCGUGGUCAACGCUCAAGGUGUCCUCGUCCAAGCCAUCGGAAAGGAGGGAUCAACCCCCAGUCUGGCACUCGGAUAUGACUUCAAGAGUGGUGAUGCCGCUAUCAUCUCAGCAAAGGAGAACUCCCAAAACGUUGUAAACGAGUGUGGAAGAAGUUUGUUGGGUGGAAACAUCGAUAUUGGAGAGACAACCGAGACUGCCAUUGCCACCAAGCAGCUCACCGAGGCCAGCAAGGGUUCCACCGUCACAGUCACCAUGCGACCCAUCGAUGACAGAGGAAAGGGUCCAUUUACUUGCGAUAUGGACCAGACCAGUAACACCAAGGCCACUGGUCAAACCAAGCUUGAGGUCAAGGAAAAAGAGGAAGCCAACGGAGACAUCACCCUUUCUGUUCAGAUGCCAAAUGACAUGGCCUGUAAUGGAGGUAUGUACUAUCACACCUCUUCAUAUUAACUCUUGACUGACCAUUUUAAAAAUAGCUUCCACUGGAAACAUUUGCACCGUUAGAUGUUUCAACGCUGAGAAGACAGGACCAUUCGGUGGAUGUUUCUCUUUGAUCCAAAGUGACAUCAAGCCAGCCGAGAACGAUGUCAACAAGAUCCCUACAGUACAAGCUGCCGACAGUGUCGACAAGCAAGUUGCACAGAACAAGAAGGACUUCGAAAAGGCCACCAAGGCCAACGCUGAGGCCCAAAACAAUGACCAGGGUCUCAAGGUCGCCAACGCACUCCUCGGUGUCGACUCUGCUCCUCAAGCCACUGCUACCCCUAACGCCGACCCAGCUGCUCCUCCUCCUAAGGACGACGGAAACAACGGAGGGGCCGCCAAGAAGGCAGGCGGCGAGAAAGACAAAAAGAAGGGGGGCGAUGGAGGCAAUGGAGGUGCCGCUAAGAAGGGAGGCGAUGGAGGUGCCGCUAAGAAGGGAGGCGAUGGAGGUGCCGCUAAGAAGGGAGGCGAUGGAGGUGCUGCCAAGAAGGGAGGCGAUGGAGGAAACGACGGCAACAACGGUAAACCUGCUGACAACAAGCCCAAAGGCAACGAACCUGCUGCUAAGGGCAAACCACAGGGCCCAAACUUCCAGCCUAAGCCAAAGGAAAUCAACAAGCGCGCCAUGAGAGCCACGAGGACAUGGGUUGCAUAGAUUAUGACCCCUUUUUUGAUCAAAUCCAAUUGAAUUGGAUCUUGUAGCAGUACUUAAACUUUUCUGACAUUUACUUUUUUUCCUAUUAUCCUGUAAUAGGGGUUGUCGUUCGCAUUCUAUAGAAUCUAUCCAAUUAUAUCCAAUUAGCC